UCACUGUUGAGCAUCGAAAUAAUAACGCAGUUCUGCGAGCAGCUUGCAAAAGUUGUUUCGAAACGUGUCCCUGAGAACGCGCCAUAUGCAUCCCGAUUUGUGCAGCUCCUUUCCAAAACGUUGUCUGCUUAUUCGGCGAAAGCUGUACAGCCUCUGGAUCAGAGCUUCCGGCCGCUUCGCAGAGCCAUUCUUUCCCAGUCUCUGAGCGCGAUGUUCAAAGCAGUGGAAAGCGCAUUGGAGGAGAACAGUCUUGGAAGUUCAUCUGCCGAAAAAAUCGAUGCAGCAGUAAAGGAGGAAAUCGAAGGCGUCGAAUGGGAUGCUCAGUUGAAGGUCGAAAUGGAGGGGAACAUAACAAAGGUGAUGCAACUGGUUGCACAAAAAAUCGAGCAGCGUCUUGUGCUUGACCCAAGCAUUCUUCAGAUGGGCGAGCGCAUCAGCAGCGCCCAGGAUUGA